GGGGACGCAGCCGCCCAACGCGCGAUAGCGGCCGCAUCCACGUCACCCCUCGCCAUCCUCUUCGUCCCCACUCGGUGAGCCCGUGACCUUUUUUUUUUUUCCUUCCCCUCUCGGCUCCCGACCCUCCCACAGUUCCAGGGCCACGCGCCCCCUUUUCCCGCACCCCGUCUCGCCUCCUAUGGCCUGCGCGCCCCCACGAGGGCCGCCGCCAUGCCGCCCCCCGCGCUCCACCUCGCGGCCGCCGCGACCUCCGCGCUCGGCGUAGUGCUCGGGGUGCGGCUGCUCGUCGUCCUCUCCCGCUCCCGCGCGCUCAAGCCGCUGGCCGACGCCACCUCCGCCGCCGCCGCCGCGCUCAGGACGCCGCGGGCCCUCGCCACCGCCUCCUCCCCGAUCGCCGCGCUCCUCGCCGCCUCCAAGGCCGCGUCCAAGUCCUACAAGGCCGCCCGCACGCUCGGCCCCGCCGCGCGCCUCCCCAAGCUCCCCUCCUCCAAGCGCCUCAAGGCCGCCUUCGCCGCUGCGUCGCUCCUCCGCCUCGCCACCGCCGCGCCGCUCAUCCCUGCGACGUCGCCCGCGGGGGUCGUGGUGCUCGCGGUGCUCAAGUCGAGUUACAAGCUGUCCAAGAACACGUCAAAGAUCGCCGAGGGCUUCCUCGGGCUCCAGGUGCACAAGGGAUUCAGGAACGGGAUCGACGCGCUCGGGGUGGUCGUCAAGGUCGCUGUCAUCGCCACCGAGGUCGCCCUCUGGGUCGGGGGGCAGUUCUGGGGUUAUGGACGCGGCCGCUGCGUCAGGUUCCUCGGUUUCACCAGGCAGCCGAGUAGCUUAGUCCUGCUUGGGUGUGGCAAAUCUGAACCUCAAGUUGUACUGUUCGAUCCAGUAAUUGAUGAGAUGGAUGACUAUGGGUGUGAAUUGGAGGAGCGAGGGGCCUCAGAAUUGCUCUCCCUUGCUGUGCCCGUGCCCCAGGUGACAGCAUUUUAGUGACUUAGCACACAAUUGUUGUCCUUGUACAUUUGCUUAUAUCAGAUCAUGUAGAGAUGGUUUUUUAUCGAGUCCUUGAUCUUAGUUCUUGUAUGUCACACUGGUUUGGGUGAAGAAACUGUACAGUUGUGUCCAGCCAGGGUUGCAAAUUUGUAUGUCGUCUGUUUCAGUGACUGUUGUUUGGAAAUUUGCGCUGAUUGUAGCUUAGCUGAAAUGGAGUUUUCCAGUGUGGUGGUACUACUAGAGCUUCAAAUAGUCAGAGCCGACUUUCAGUGUGGUUUGUCUAUUUCACUUUGGUACCUAAAUGACAAGAAGUGCUAAUGCUUAAAUUUUA